CUCGGUUGUGGCUGAAAGAGGCGAAGCUUCACCGUGUCCCUGUGAAAGUAUUGAACGUUGCAUCGAGGAGGACGGUCACUAUCAUGUCUGUAGCAAGUCCAUCUACGGCAUUGUCGGAUUCAUGGGACUGCCCACCGUCCUCUUCGCGCACAGCUCUUCCGCCCCAACGGAUACAGAAGAGUGAGCCCGUACCCGACGAUUGGGAUAACGAAGACGAUGAGGAGGAAUCAGAGCCUCAGAAGCUUUGGGAUGAUGCGAAUAACAAAGCUCCGAUGCCAGAGCUCGUCGUCUCAUCCUCCAGUACUGCAGCGUCUGUGGCUCCUCCCCCAGCCGCCUUCAAGCCCGCUCUGCGGAUACUGAAACGCCCUACCCUGUCCACAUCCGCCUCGUCCUCAGCUCUAUCAGACUCGCAACAGAAGUCAUAUGCAGAACGGGAGGCACAAUACCAAGCAGCCCGACAACGGAUCUUUGGAGCGGAUCCAUCGACCAAGUCUGCGGCCGACUCUACUAGUGACAGCGAUAGGUCGCGGAGAGCCUCACCCAGUUCAUCGUUAGUUAGCUUGCAGACGCAACGUACCACGGCAGCUACAAUCAUUCGGAAUCCUGUAGGGCCAGAUCAGCCAAUGCAAGAUCCUUCUAAUCCAUCUCAGAAUAAGGCGGGUGCAUCUAGGGGCUUCAAUCGUAGGAAGGGUAUGCCGACAAGGACCCCAGGUUGAUUUAUCGGAAGGGACAUGAUCAUAUUGUACGAUUAUAAUUUGGACCACUAGUUGUAUAUCCGUAGUUUAGAGAGUGUUUUCUGUAGUCAUCCAUUUUUGCUCUGUUGUGUUGCUAUGAUUACUUUGAUGUCGAAGGUGCGCUUUUGCGGGAUACCCAAUGUUACAUUUGAUACAAAUCACCCAUUGUUAAGAAGUACAAGUAUGCAGGCACGGAUACAGCUACAAUUGUCUCUUUU